AUGUCCUUCCCGCACUUCGGACACCCCUACAGCGGCGCUUCCCAGUUUCUAGUAUCUGCAAGUUCCAACGCCACUUGCUGCGAAUCCGCCCCGCGCUCGGUCACAGAUGUGGCCUCAAGCUCCACCCCGGCGCCGGGUCUCUGCUGCGCACCCUAUGAUAGCCGGCUGCUGGGCAGCGCGCGCCCGGAGCUGGGUGCCGCCUUGGGCAUCUAUGGAUCCCCCUACGCAGCCGCUGCUGCUGCCCCGAGCUAUCCCGUGCAGGACAGAGUACGUUCCACUCCCCAAGAGCAUGCUGGAAAACUGUGCGACCCAAAACAUGGGCACUCCGACCAUGCGCUGAGCGAGCCGGCUGCUGGGCAGCGCGCGCCCGGAGCUGGGUGCCGCCUUGGGCAUCUAUAUCCCGGCUACCUGCCCUACGGCCCAGAGCCGCCCUCGCUGUAUGGCGCGCUGAACCCACAGUAUGACUUUAAAGAGGCCACAGGGAGUUUUACACCCAGCCUGGCACAACCAGGAGCCUAUUAUCCCUAUGAGCGGUCUCUGGGGCAGUACCAGUAUGACCGGUAUGGCUCCGUGGAGUUGAGUGGCGCUGGGCGCCGGAAGAACGCCACCAGGGAGACCACUAGCACGCUCAAGGCCUGGCUCAACGAGCACCGCAAGAACCCCUACCCCACCAAGGGAGAGAAGAUCAUGCUGGCCAUCAUCACCAAGAUGACCCUCACCCAGGUGUCUACCUGGUUCGCCAACGCGCGCAGGCGCCUCAAGAAGGAGAACAAGAUGACGUGGGCUCCCAAGAACAAAGGCGGAGAGGAGAGGAAAGCGGAGGGUGGAGGAGAGGAACCGCUGGGCUGCCUAAACGGGGACACCAAAGACAUUACUGCUAGCCAGGAGGCUCGAGGGCUCCGGUUGAGUGACCUGGAAGACCUGGAAGAAGGAGAGGAGGAGGAGGAGGAGGAAGCCGAUGAAGAGGCAGUGGUCACAGCCGCGGACCGGCUGGCGGAGUUCCACAAGGGUGUCCAGGCGCUGUCUGUGCCCUGUGCGGCCGCGCUAGAGGGCCGAUUGGAGCGCAGGGAGUGCGGCCUGGUGACGCCCCACUUCUCCUUUAAUGAGCCCCGGGGGUCGGAAGAAGCUGACUUCCUCUUGGCGGAGCCAGGCGGCCCCACGUUGACGGUGCACUAUCCUGGCGGGGAGAAACCGCGCAUCUGGUCCCUGGCGCACACUGCUGCGGCCAGCGCUGGGGAAAGUGUACCUGCAGCCCGGCCCAGGCCAGGAAGUCCCGAGUGCCACUUGAUUCCCGGACAGCCUCCUGGCUCUGCAGGGCGCCCCGCGGUCCCCAGAGACUCCGCGUAUGAUGAAUCUUCCCGCAUAGCCAAGGCCUUUGGGAACCCCGCGUUUGCCCUCCAGGGGCUGUCGCUGAACUGUGCGCCAUGCCCGCGGCGGAGGGAGCCUGCGGUGCAAUGCCAGUACCCAUCCGGAGCAGAAGCAGGUUAGCGCAAUGGCUGCGAUUUGCAGAAGAAUCUUGGAAAUGGCCCCACACUUCGAACUCACCUCUACGCUAAGAAAUUGCUAUAACCUUUCCAGGGACCAGGAACUCUCACUUGCCCAAGGAUAGACACACAGAAACCCUCCUCGCUGCCGUCUUUGCACGCAGAACUGGGGGCGGAGGGCAGACAUGUAACUUAUCAGAUCUGGGAGAGGUGGCAGGGCACCCUGGGGAAAGCCAGGAGGGAAGCUCAGUGGUCUGCCCGCCUCAUGGCCUCUUCCAAAGGCUAUUUCCUUCUCCGGAUUCAGGGCCUGAAGCUGCUUCCUCUCCUGCUCACUCCCACCCACACCUCCACCCCCCUCACUUUGUAACUUCUUUGCUCAUCAGCCCCUAAUGACCACCUGUGUCUUCUCUUCUCCCCCAUCCCUUGUGUCCUUAAAAAGAAUCAAUC